AUGUCUUUGAGGAAUAAGCCUGUGAGGCAAGAUUAUAUUGCCAAAAUAAGGUAUACUAAUAACCUACCGCCUCCUCCCUUGAACCCGAAAUUCAUUGAGUACAAUACCACAACACCUGUAUCGCCCAAAACAGAAGGAGAACAACUACUUUCAUCUUUGUUUCGUAAAGAAAACUUUCAAAAUUUGAUGGAGAGGAUAGAUGACCAUUUAGGAUUAGAAUUGAACUUAAUUAAUAAUAACGGAUUUCUCGAUUACGGUAAACCUUCGAGUAUAGGCCAGCUAACAAGAAAUGACGAGCCUAUACCUUUACAUCCCAAAGAUCGAGCUUUGUUGAGAGAUGCAGGUAUUGGCAGUAUCAAUAAAUCGGAACCUGCUGUAUCCUUUUUAAGAAGAACAGAAUAUAUAUCGGAAAGGUCCUUGCCCAAGGCAACGAGUGCAAUAACCACACAUUCUGAGGAAAUCAAAGUGAAUGAAAAGUUGAGGAACAGCGAGUCCCAUGACUUGGACGCUGAUGCUCAAUUAGAAGCAGUAGAAGAAACAUUUACAGCAGCAAAUAAUACUUUGCAAGAUAAAUUUAUGAUAAAACAUCCAAGAAAGAAACACUUGAAAGCUGUUGAUGUCUGGCCAUUGUUACCAGAUACAUCAAUGAUGGACAAUAUUUUCAUGAAUUUGAGAUUUGUUGGAAGUGCUUCAGUCGACCGAGAGUUGAAAACAUUGAAAAGAAAGCAAGGAGCCUCAUUCAAUGAGAAAUUCCAAAAGCAAAAACAGGAAUCAUCUAUUUUUAGACCUAUCAACUCCGAGGAUGGAGAAUGGAUAACGAUGUUUGAGCUCGAUGACGAAAAUCAAGCAAAUCAAAUUUAUCAAAAAUUACACUCGACUGAGCCAGAAAAGCCUAUUAAUUUAUUAGACGUGGAGGACGAAACAGGACCAGAUUUUAAUUUCAAGUUUGUAAAGAAUUAUGACAUGCAGUAUCAGGAAUAUCCGAGUUCCGAUCAAGAAUUGGCUAUCAAAUUUAUUCCUCAAUUGAAUGAAAAUGGCGAGAUUGCAAAAAAGAGGAAAGUUGCUUAUUAUACACCCGUAUCAGGAAAAGUUGAAUUGAGAAAGUAUAGAGCUUCUACAAAUUCUGAGAUUAACAAGUUUGUUAAGGAAAGAACUUACGAUGGAGUGUUAUUCAAAUUAAGAGAACCAACAACUAAUGAGUUGAAAGAAAUGGAUAAAGUGAGAUCAGAAUACGAUCCUAUGGAGUAUGAAGGGGAAGAUGAGGAUGAUGAAGAAGAGGUGGUGGAAGAGAAGGAACAAGAGCAAGAGCAAGCGCAGGUGCAGGUGCAGGAGAACGAAAACGAAAAAGAAAACGAGCAUCAGCAUGAGCAUGAUCUGGAGCAGGAGAACGAGAAUGAGCAUGAACAGGAUCAUGAUGCGGAAACUAAAAUAGAGCAACAACCAGAACAAGAGGACUCAAAAGAGGAGACCCUGAACGGCCCUACAGAGAAAGAGAAAGACGAUUAUAGCGACAAUUGA